UAAAUAGAUACAUAUAUUUAAUUAAAAGUGUAAAAAGUAUCCGGAAUUAUUUCUUAAGUUAGUAACAGUAGCUUUACAAGUUACCAUACGUAAUUUGACCCCGAUCUGUCACUCAUUGUGUUGACAGCAGCAGUUAUUGGAUAUCAUACUUUUGAGUGCUGUGUGGUGUGGUGCACUUCGAAUUCAUUCCAAAAGGGAAGCAGUGAAUAUGGAGUACUAUUUACGCUUCGUGAGACGUUUGCGAGAAAAUAUUCACCAAAAACAAUCAUGGAAAUAGCACCACGUGUGUGGAGGAUUGGGUCAAGCGCUGAUAUAGUAAUAUUGCACUAUAUGGGACUUACUUUGAAGGCGCUGGUGUAAAUAAACUAAUCUUUCGGGUUUUAUUUAACAAUUCAGGAUACUUUUUACGCAGAAUGUAAACAAUAAGUAAUUAUAAGUAAAAUAAAGCAUUAUUGCAUCCACUAUUUAAAAAACGUAACACAAAACACAUAAUUAAAAAAUGUUUAUAAACCUAAGGCCGCAAAAUAGUUUAUAUAUGCAUUAAUGUUUCAACUUUAGCUAAUGGUAAUUUCACAUCUGAUAAUAUUAUUGGAUCACGAAAUCCAAAUGGGGUUGUCGGUACUAACAAUAGUAAACCAAAUGUAGAACGUAUGAUGUAUCAAAAAAAGACAAAGCAAUCAAAUAAGGAUAAUGUAAAAGACAAUGUAAAAGAUCAUUUUAUUGGAAGGCCACUCGAUGCGCGUGUAGCUGAAAUUCACUUAAAAUCGUUCAAAACUGAUGUUAAAAUGCCUUGGUAUGAGAAUGGGACUGUAAUUAACACAGAGUUUCGAAAUGAAAUAAGUAAGAAUGAUAUAGAAUGUACGUCGCCAAGAAACAGGCAAAAUUCGAGUGGCAUUGUACUUCCUCUACCUACGGUUGGAGAUGUGUGUAAUAAAACGGAAAUUUUAAAUAGUUUAAAUGACAGUGCCUGUGAAAAAGAUUCUCUCGAAAUUUCUUCCCCCAAAGAGACUGACAUCGAGGAAGACUCGUUAGAAAUAGGAUUGAUAACAGAAGACAAACCUCCCCGUAAGAUAAAAAACAACGCAGAAGACAGAACGGCUACUUAUCUUUACGGAGCUUCUAUUCAACAAGCAAAUGUAGCCCACACGAGUAAACAUUUAAAAAAAUCAACUGCUUUUAUAAUACCUUUUACGACUAAUAAACAUUCAAUAGUAAACAAUUCCAGUAAUAAUACACGUAAUGAGGUAUUGAAUAAAUCUGGUGUUCAAACAGAAUGCAUAUUCCCGAAUGAAUCCACAAGCGAGAGAAAACACUUAAACGAAGCAGGCAAUGCUAUUCACUAUAAUAUUGAACACACUGAAACUCCAAUAGAUAUGGAAUGCCAAAAAAAACUAUUCCAAGAUCUCAAAAAAGUUGAGGGUUUAACUGGAAUCAAAAGCGAAAAUACAGAAACAACUGAAGAAGAAUUACACUUUCGCAAAACAUCUUUACAGGACACUGCACGAUUUUAUUUGUCGAAACCCGAUAAGCAUUUUACAGCAAAGUCGUAUGAACUCAUAAAAGAACAAAAAUCCAUGAACACUUUAAAUGCUGAAACGUUCGGUCGAAACAAUUCAUUUGAUGAAAUAGAAGGCGGAGAAUUCACUAUAAAUGGGUUGGAUACAAUCAUUGAAGUUAACGAAGGAGACAAUAAAGACGGAAUGAAAAAUGAAAACGAAACUGACUUUUCCUCUGAAACUACUAGCGAUUUGUCAAGCAGUUGGACUGAAUCAAAAGAAUCAGAUGAGUUCAUUUUAUCAGAAGAAUUUGAGGGUAUAUUUGAAACAUUUAGCAGUAAUCGUCCGAAAUCUUUUAACACAAUUGCAGAAGUUCAGGGUGGAAUAUAUGAAACAAAAAAAAUUAAAAUUAACGCUGAUGAAGAAUUGGGUCUAGAAGGUCGUAACUUAAAAUCAAAACAUAAAAACAAUUUGUUAAAUUAUACUGAAAAAGAGAAUAAUUCCGCUGAAUCGAGUUUGACUUUACUAAUUAAAAUGGGUAUAGAAGAUCAAGAUACAUCUGAAUCUAAAUCUAUAAACUGCAACAGCCAAGAAACUACAAGCAUUAAUGCCACCAAAUCUAAACAUGAGGAAGAUGUGAGUAAAAAUAGACAUCAAGCUGCUGCUGCAAUACAAAGUAAUUCGGCAAAGUAUUUAGCUGCAUCCAUAAUUCAAAGAAAUAUUCGAAGAUAUUUGGAUGGUAAACGUAAGGAAAGCGAUAGUGGUUUUCCGGGAAAACAGGAAGGCUUGCCUGUUAACUUAGAAUCUGAAAAUACAAAUAAGAGUGAGUUUCAAAUCAGCUUUAACUCGGAAACAACUUUGAAGGAAACUGAGCACCUUAAAAAAGAUUACAGAGAUAGAUAUGAAAAUAGUCAUGAGAUCAAAAUAGAAGAACCACAUGUUAAUCAGCACAACAAAAGAAAAAAUCUCAUAACUUCAAAGAAAUGGACCAACGAAAAAGCAGCAGCUGUCAUUCAAAAGGCAUACAAAACAUAUUUAGGUUACAAGUGUAAAAAAAGAAACACAGAAAUAUCACAAGCAGUACAUAAAUAUAACAAUAAAUUGUCUGCUAAUCAAUGUACAUCAAAGAAAAAUUCCUUGGUGGAAAGUGAUGCCACACCAUGUCCUACAAGUGAGAGCAAAGUUAAUUGGUUUGUGGGAGUAGAACCUAUUGAAACUUCGAUGGAGUUAAAUAAAAUUACACAAAAUUUGCCAGAAGCCAAACCUUUAUCCAAUAAUUACGAAUCAGGCCCAGGUGAAGUAAAUAUCAACACAGCAAUAAUUUUACCUGAAGAUUCAAUUGGUAUCCAGCGAAACUUACAAAGAGAUGCUGACCCAAUUUCCAACACCUAUUUUAUACCAAGGAACCAAGAUUCAGGAGAAGACGGAGCUCAAGUAAAUAACUCAAUUUCCGAGACCAUUCAAGUCGUUUACAACUUUCUAUUUGCUGAAAGGCGCCUCUAUUUAGAGUCGAGAGAUGAAACCAAUCAACAGAUUAUCGAUGAUUCGAAAUCAUUUGACUAUUCCGAGUGUAUUGAAACCUGUGUGCCUUUUGAGCAUUUACAAAAAUUUGCUGAAACAACUCAAAAUGAAGGCGGUGAAAACCAUUUUAUCGUCGAAGCUGCUAACAAGUUACGUGGCACAGAUGAAUUAGUUGACAACAUGCAGAAGCGUCUGCUCUGUAGAAGCAACUCUUUCGAUUCUGCAAAUGAAAAGGUUAGAAGGCAGAGAAGCUUUGAAGAGCCCGUUAUCUGGGCCAUGCAGGAUAUACAGGAAAGUAAAAAAUCUACGCCUGAUACGGAAGAUGACAAAGUAGUAGUGAAACCAAUGGAAAUCGAAGAUACCCGUGAAAGUUCAGCAUUAAGCGAUUCUAUAAUCAUUAGCCAUAUGUCCAUCGAUGAGGACGAAAAUGACAGAUUGGAAAAUCCUCUAAAAAUUGAAGAGGCAUUUGAAAGGCAUUUUACUAAGCCACUAGAGGACUCUGAACUUUCUGUAGGAACCAUAAUGAAUGAUAACGAGGAAGAAUAUUUUCAUUCGGAAAAACAUACAUAUAAAAACAAAACAAACUCAUGUAGUAUAUAUUUAGACGAUGAUACUUCAGAAAACAUUAGAAAAAAAAUGAUGGCCUCUUCAUUAACUGAAACAGAAUCUGAUGCAUCGGAUGAUCCGAUUUCUGAUAGCAGAGCAACUCAGCUGACGGAUUUCAACAUAUGUACUAUUAUAAACGACACAACUGGCACUUCAAGUGACACUGAAUCAACAAUAAUUUCCACCGCAGAAAAAGCACAUGGUGUAGAUAAUCCUAUUCCACUAAAGAGUGACGAUACCAUCGACCAGUCUUCAGAAAUACUUGCCGAGGAAAAUUCACCUAAGAAAAUGCCCACAUCAAAUCGCAACUAUCAUCGAAAAAGAGAUUUAGAACUACGUAAUACUGUAGCACGUCGCAUGACUUUUCAAAGGGGGGAUGCAAUACUGAAUGAUUCCAUGCCUGAUGAAGAAAAAUUAUGUAGUACAAAUAUUGAGCAGCAGAAGGGAUCAAUAGAAAAAUAUGUUUCCCAUUCAAAAGAAAGAAAUGUGCCAGAACAUACCUCGUACAAAUUAAAAUGGCUUUCGAUGAGACAAAAUUCAAUGCCUGUUCAAAUCGAUUCCGAAAUUUUUCGUGUCAUUCCAAAGCAUAUGCGUAAAAGAAACAAAAGCGCCGACGAAAGCAGAAAAACAUCUAAACGUCUUUUAAAAGAGUAAACAUUUAAGGUGAAGUAAAAAGUAGUCAACGUUUUAAUUUUUUUCGACAAUGAAAUGUUAUAAUUAUACUGUAACGUUUUUCUCAAAUAAACUUGCAUUG